UUUGCUUUUACAAAACCUCGCUUUCCUCCCCUUCUCCCUCUCUCAUAAUAGAAAAUGUUUCCCCAGUUCGGUGCCACUGCAGAAACGCUGAGCAAGGCGUCUACGAUCAUGUUUCGGAUUGGUACAGAUGCCCACUUGUACGACGAUCCAGAGGACGUUAACAUCGCUCCCUUGCUCGAUAGCAAGUUCGAUUCCGAGAAAUGUGAAGCUCUCAAGCGUCUCCUCGCUCUCAUUGCUCAAGGCUUCGAUGUUUCCAAUUUUUUCCCUCAGGGAAUUACAGGUGGUUAAAAACGUGGCAUCUCAGUCACUGGAAGUAAAGAAGCUGGUUUACUUGUACUUGCUGCAUUAUGCUGAAAAGCGUCCAAACGAAGCUUUGCUGUCAAUCAAUUCCUUCCAAAAGGAUUUGGGAGACACAAAUCCGCUGGUGAGAGCUUGGGCACUUCGUACUAUGGCAGGAAUCCGUCUACAUGUAAUUGCACCACUUGUUUUGGUGGCUGUGGGCAAGUGUGCUAGAGAUCCAUCUGUUUAUGUCAGAAAAUGUGCUGCUAAUGCUCUUCCCAAGUUACAUGAUUUGCAACAAGAGGAACAUUCCUCCACAAUUGAAGAGAUUGUUGGAAUGUUAUUAAGUGACCAUUCCCCUGGUGUAGUUGGAGCUGCCGCUGCUGCAUUUAAUUCCAUUUGUCCAAACAAUUAUUCUUUGAUUGGAAGAAAUUAUAGAAGGUUGUGUGAGGUUCUUCCUGAUGUGGAAGAGUGGGGUCAGAUAGUUCUAAUUGGAAUCCUUUUACGCUAUGCAAUAGCAAGGCAUGGUCUUGUAAAAAAGUCUAUAAUGUUCUCUUUACAUGGCAAGGAAAGUCCUCAGUCUGAAAAGGAUAGUUCGGAUGUUGAGUUUUCAUUAGAAAAAGACAAUGGUACCAUGGAUUGGAAAUACAAUUCUGAACUGGCAAGUUUGGUUUCCAGGUGUUAUAUUGAAGGACCUGAUGAAUACUUAUCACGGUCAAGUUAUGGCAACAGGAUGUUCUCUGAAUUUCAUGAUUAUAAAUUUAUAUCUGCCAAAAGUAAUGAUAACUUGAUGAUCCUGCUCCAUUGUACUUCACCAUUGCUGUGGAGUAAUAAUAGUGCGGUAGUACUAGCAGCAGCAGGUGUCCACUGGAUUAUGGCGCCACGUGAGGAUGUCAAGAGAAUUGUUAAGCCACUUUUGUUUUUGCUGAGAUCAUCCAGUAGUUCAAAAUAUGUGGUCCUUUGCAACAUUCAAGUGUUUGCAAAAGCAAUGCCUUCUCUCUUUGCUCCACACUUCGAAGACUUUUUCAUAAUUUCUUCAGAUUCAUAUCAAAUAAAAGCUUUGAAGCUUGAAAUUCUGUGUUCUAUUACUACAGAGUCAUCUAUUUCUUCUAUCUUCAAAGAGUUUCAGGAUUAUGUUAGAGAUCCGGACAGGAGAUUUGCUGCUGAUACUGUUGCUGCAAUUGGUUUAUGUGCUCAAAGACUUCCCAAAAUGGCCAAUACGUUCUUAGAAGGGCUGUUGGCUCUCACUAGACAAGAACUUUUGACCAGUGAAUUUGGAUCUAUUGAAGGAGAAGCGGGUGUUUUAGUUCAAGUAUUAACUUCAAUUAAAUCAAUUAUAAAGCAAGAUCCUCCUGAUCACGAAAAGGUUGUAAUUCAGGUGGUUCAUAGUUUGGAUGAAAUCAAGGUGCCUGCAGCCCGUGCAAUUGUGAUUUGGAUGAUGGGGGAGUACAGCAAUUUAGGGGAGAUGCUCCCGAGGAUGGUAACCACUGUACUUAAAUAUCUUGCGUGGAGCUUUCCUUCAGAAGCAUUGGAAACAAAGCUUCAGAUUCUCAACACUAGUGUUAAGGUGCUACUAGGAGCAAAGGAGGAAGAUCUUUGGACUUCUAAAAAAGUAGUGAGCUAUGUGCUUGAAUUGGCUGAGGUUGAUUUGAAUUAUGAUGUUCGUGACAGAGCUCGCUUUCUAAAGAAAAUUGUCUCAUCAAAAUUAGGUUCUCAAGAAGUCAAGGAUGAUAUGAUUUAUCCACCUCAAAAGGAGGACCUGCCACAUGUACUGGCAGAAUGCAUCCUCCGAGCGCAAACACAACAAUUGUCUUUGGAACCUAUUAAUUAUCGGAUCUAUCUUCCUGGUUCUCUCUCGCAAAUAGUCCUUCAUGCAGCUCCAGGAUAUGAGCCUCUCCCAAAACCUUGUAGUGUGCUUCAUGAUGAGCAUAGUCCUGAAACAAAUAAGUUAGGGGAGGGGACAGAUGGUUCUGGCUCAUUAUCUGGAUCAUCAGAUGAGGAAACUGUAUCUGAUUAUAGCUCAGAACGUUCUGUUACUGAUUCAGAUGGUGAUGAUGGCAGUGAUGAGACUGGUUCUGCAAGUGAGAAUGGAAAUGAUGUGGAUCCACUGAUUCAGGUAUCAGAUAUUGGAGAUACCCACAUAAAUCAGAAUGGAGUUCCUCAAUCUGCCUCCACUGAUUUGGGUGAAAUGAUGUCAAAGAGGGCACUGGAGUCAUGGUUGGAUGAGCAACCUGAUAUGUCAAACCCCAGUGCAUCAGGACAAAGUCAAGUCCAUAGAUCUUCAGCUAGAAUUUCCAUCAAGGAUAUUGGAAGCCGAGUUAAACCAAAAAGCUAUGAACUCUUAGAUCCGGCAAAUGGAAACGGCUUGAAGGUUGAUUAUUCAUUUUCAUCUGAAAUUUCAAGCAUAUCACCUCUACUUGUAGGUGUAGAAGUUUCCUUUGAGAACCGUUCCACUGAGAACAUUUCGGAAGUGACGUUGGUGGAUGAGGAAUCUAACAAAGCUUCAGAUUCUGCAGAAUGCUCGUUGACCUCUCACAGUGAUGUCCCAGUACUGGUUCCUAUGGAAGAUAUAACCUUUUUGGAACCUGGUCAGAGGACAAAGAGGACUCUCCAUGUACGAUUCCAUCAUCAUUUGCUGCCUUUAAAGCUGGCCUUAUAUUGUAAUGGCAAGAAGCUUUCUGUCAAGUUGCGGCCUGACAUUGGAUAUUUUGUGAAACCACUUCCAAUGGAAGUUGAAGCCUUCACAGAUAAAGAAUCUCAUCUCCGUGGAAUGUUUGAGUACGUUAGAAGUUGCACCUUCACUCACCACAUUGAGGAGCUGAACAAGGACAAGGAAAUGGGUGACAUGUUAACGAGAGACAAAAUUCUCUUAGUCUGUGAGACCAUCGCUGUACAGAUGCUUAGCAAUGCUAAUGUCUUCCUCGUGUCAGUUGACAUGCCGGUUGCUGCCAAUCUCGACGAUGCCUCUGGUUUAUGCUUACGAUUCAGCAGUGAGAUUCUGAGCAACUCAAUUCCCUGCUUAAUUACCAUUACUGCUGAAGGUAAAUGCAUUGAACCAUUGAAUAUAUCUAUAAAAGUCAACUGUGAGGAAACUGUUUUUGGUUUAAAUCUACUGAACAGGAUUGUGAAUUUCCUUAGUUAAGCCUUUCUUACCCACUUGUAAUUGUUGAUUGUGGUAGAAGGCUGGGACUGACUCAUUGAGCAUUGAGUUUAGCAAAAACAUUGGUGAACCAUCUGAGUGUCUUUGAUUGCUGUCUGAAACAGUUAUUGCAUUUGUUGAUUCUUUGUAGUUAUUCUGAAUACUUAGAAUGCAUUUUUUUUUUAUAGAAAUAUUUAAACUUUAAAUCAAGAAAUCGAAAUUUUUACUGGAGCA